CUGGUGCAGUCCCCGCUCUUCUGUCGGGAUCCACCGCUAACGUGAAGCUGUGGUGAGGACCCAGAGUUUCUCCAGACAUGUCUGUGAGGGAGUCCUUCAACCCCGAAAGCUAUGAGCUGGAUAAGAACUUCAGGCUCACACGCUUUGCUGAGCUCAAGGGGACAGGCUGCAAGGUGCCCCAAGAUGUUUUACAGAAGUUGCUAGAAACCCUGCAGGAAAACCACUAUCAAGAGGAUGAACAGUUCCUGGGGGCAGUUAUGCCCCGAUUAGGUAUAGGCAUGGAUACCUGUGUAAUCCCUCUCAGACAUGGAGGCCUUUCACUUGUCCAGACAACAGAUUACAUCUACCCCAUCGUGGAUGAUCCCUACAUGAUGGGAAGAAUCGCUUGUGCCAAUGUUCUAAGUGACCUGUAUGCCAUGGGAGUAACAGAAUGCGACAACAUGUUGAUGCUCCUGGGUGUCAGCAACAAAAUGUCAGAGAAGGAGCGAGACAAAGUUAUGCCACUCAUCAUCCAGGGAUUCAAGGAUGCUUCAGAGGAGGCAGGUACCUCUGUAACAGGAGGACAGACGGUGCUCAACCCAUGGGUGGUGAUGGGGGGAGUUGCCACAACAGUUUGCCAACCCAAUGAAUUCAUCAUGCCAGACAAUGCAGUGCCAGGAGACGUGCUGGUGUUGACUAAACCACUGGGAACACAAGUGGCUGUUGCAGUGCACCAGUGGUUAGAUAUUCCUGAGAAAUGGAACAAGAUCAAGUUAGUGGUAACGCAGGAAGAUGUGGAAUUGGCCUACCAUGAAGCUAUGAUGAACAUGGCUCGGCUCAACAGGACAGCGGCUGGCCUCAUGCACACCUUCAACGCCCACGCAGCAACUGACAUCACAGGAUUCGGCAUUCUAGGUCACGCUCAAACAUUGGCACGACAACAGCGAAGUGAGGUCUCAUUUGUCAUCCACAAUCUCCCAGUGCUCGCUAAGAUGGCCGCAGUGUCCAAAGCCUGUGGGAACAUGUUUGGACUAAUGCACGGCACCUGCCCUGAAACAUCAGGAGGUCUGCUCAUCUGCCUGCCCCGGGAACAGGCAGCACGCUUCUGUGCCGAAAUCAAGUCCCCAAAAUACGGAGAGGGCCACCAGGCAUGGAUCAUCGGGAUUGUAGAGAAAGGAAACCGCACCGCUCGCAUCAUUGACAAACCCCGGAUCAUAGAGGUCGCACCACAAGCCGCCACCCAGAAUGUCAACCCCACUCCUGGUGCAACUUCUUAAUCCCCCUUGUUGCUGCAUCAUAGACCGGAACCUGAAAAGCUCUGCUGAGUGAUUUUAGACACAUAAACUACAAAACCAUCCUAGAGUGAUUAAAUAUAUACACAUAAUAGUAUGUACACAGAAAAGACUGGGUUGGCGGUUAUCUACAUGAAAAACAGCCCCACACAGUGGCCGAGGGGUUACGUUACCACCCAGUGGACUCAACCUACACUAUCCUCAUGAUAAAACAUUGGUAAGAGCUAGACCAUAAUUAAAAUCCAUUUGCCUUUUGUGUCUGAUGUAUUCUGUUAUGUUAAAUACGCUUGAAUGGCAGGCAAGAGAGUGACGAAGACUAAUCUGAUACUGUUGAUUCAUUUUGAAUCUUUGGAAAUGUGGUGUCUGUUGCCUUUUGGCUCUUUUAAAAUUGCUCUCAUCAAGCAAGCAGACUAUAUGACGGUGUUUCUGUUUGUCCAUUCACUUUGUACAGUUAUAAAGCCUAGAUUUAGUUCAUUGAUGUAACUGAUGCCUUGAAAGAAACCAUAUGACCAGAAUGGGUUUUUUUUAUUACUUUGAAUUUUUGUAUUGUUCCCACCUAAACUAAUAAAUAUUCAAAGAGAAGAUGGCUUGUUCAUGCCCGCUAUUUGGGAACAGCUUUCAUCUGAACGAAUAAAAUCACUAAUCGGUUAAAGCUACGUACUGGUUUUCACACAAUCAAUGCUGCUCCACUGUUUGUGGUUUUAAGAUGGAGAGAGAAAAAAACUACCUAGAAGGAUGUUUGUCAUUUUUUAAGCAAUAUGGUAAAUGUGGCAGUAUAGGAUGUCCAAAAUUUUCAGCAGUAAAUUAUGACUUGGAAGCAUUCUGCUGCCUUUAAGAAGCACUAUUGAAAUGUACUGGGAGGAAUCUAACUUGAUAUGAUGACGAUCUCAGUUGAUUUAAGGACCGCUGUGUAGGAUUUAGUGGUAUCUAGAGGUAAGAUUGUAGAUUGUGACUGUUACUGAGCUCCGUUUUCCAAGUGUGUAAGUAUAAGGGAGCCAAAAUGCCCACUUUACUGCCAGUGUUUGGUUUAUUUGUUCUGGGCAACUGCAGGAAGAGGACCCCCAUCCUAUGUAGAUAUGAAAAACAAAACUUAAAUCUAAAACUGAUUUUUAAGUGUACAGGUCACUAAUGAAAACAUACAUCUGGUUACUAUAUUCCAUGUCUGCCUAUAGAGCCCCUAAAUUUUACACACUGGUCCUUCAGAGUUUGUGUUUAUGGAUAGGAUUCACUGAAACCCACUGUAAAUGUUCAUACUGAUAUCAGGAGCAAAUUAUCACCCUCAUCCAUCUUGACAAUAAAUUUCUCUUACAGUAGA